GUUACCUUUUUCUCAAUUUUUUAUUUAUUUAUGGUGUAAAAAACUUUCUAAUAUACAUACCAUAAAAUUGCUGAAGGAGAAAAAAGUUCGAACAAACGUUUCCUUCCAAUACAUAUUUAGUAUAAACCUUUCUAAAGUCUGGUAUAAAAAAAUAAUCAAUUAUAAAAUUUAAAAUUGACAAACAUUACAAAAUUAACUUGUAUUAUCAAAAUUAACAUUCUAUAAAAAUACAAAAUAAAUCAACGAAAAUACUUAUUUUGAAAACAAGGAUCGUUUCAGACUCUCAGCAUAAUGUAUUGAAGUUAGACUUUUAAAGUUGUCUCUUCUUCAUUCCCUAAGUAUCGGAUACUACAAGGAAUUAAAAGGAAAGAUAAAUAAUACUUACUUGUUUUCAAAGGAAAGAAUCAUCAAUUUUCUCGCUUUCAAACACAAAAGGAAAGAAUCAUCACUUUGUUCACUAUAUAACUAAAUGAAAUUUCAAGUGAUAUCAAUAUCAUCGUUAUGGCAAAACAGAGCAACCUAAACAUUUUCUUAGAUGGGUUUGCACAUAUCUUAGAAGAACAAUGGCAAGUUGAUGUGCUGCUCAAGGCAGGAGACAGCCAUCCAGAUGCAGCAAUCUCGGCCCACAAACUUGUUCUGGCUGCAAGAUCAAAGGUCUUUAAGAAGAUGCUGGAGGAGGAUGAGUGCAAGACUUCGUCUGAGAAAGAGAUAAUCACUCUCUCGGAGAUGAAACACGAAGAGCUAAAGGCUUUAGUAGAGUUCAUAUACAGUGAUGGCUCAACGCCUUGUGCAGGGCAUGCUCGAUCACUUUAUCUAGCAGCGGAUAAAUAUGACAUCCCGCAUCUACGAGACCUGAGCAGAAACGAACUUAUAUCUUCUCUGAACGCAUCUAAUGCUCUUGACGUUUAUGUGCUUGCCCAAAUCCCUUUCGAUGACGCACUAAACAAUGCUGCCUUAAGCUGUAUCCGAAUAAAUAUAGCUACAAUUGCUUACUCUGAUGAGCUCAAGCUGUUUGCAGAGAGUAACCCAAAUCUUACGGUGGAGAUAAUGAAGGCCUGUGUUGAACAGAGUAGAAUUAGAAACUACUCCAGCUGUUCCUAAAUAUAAUGUUUCAAAAAAAAUUAAUGUUCCAAUAUAUAUGAUGUUUUCAACUUUCUAGGUAACUUUUACUCUAUUAAAAACUGUGUAACCAAUCAUAUUUAAUAAUAUAUUUUGUAAUUGGUUGAAUACAAUUAUUUUAUAGUUUUAAUGAUAUUUUCUAGAUAAAAAAUAAUAAUUUUUUAA